AUGUAGGGUCACGUGAUACCAAAAUGUCUGAAGAAGUUGAUCCUAUUUCUACUGAACAAACAGAACAAGAGACUCAAAACAAAGAGCCUGCGUCCACUGAAACUGCUGCAGCAUCCAAAGACCCUCCUUCUCCAUCCACUGAAGGAGAAGAUUCAUCUAAAGACCCUGCUCCUCCAUCCACUGAAGGAGAAGAUUCAUCCAAAGACCCUCCUCCUCCAUCCACUGAAGGAGAAGAUUCAUCUAAAGACCCUCCUCCUCCAUCCACUGAAGGAGAAGAUUCAUCCAAAGACCCUCCUCCUCCAUCCACUGAAGGAGAAGAUUCAUCUAAAGACCCUGCUCCUCCAUCCACUGAAGGAGAAGAUUCAUCUAAAGACCCUGCUCCACCAUCCACUGAAGAAGGUUCAUCUACUGAUCCUCCUCCUCCAUCUACUGAUCCUCCAGUUUCUGCUGCUGCUGAGGCUCCACCUCCAACAGGAGAAGCCUCUCCUAAAGUGGAAAGGCCCCAGUUGAACAUGGUUGGUGUUGUCAUUGGAGGAACUGGAGCUACCGGUCGCUCACUUGUCUCUUAUCUACUCCGAUCUAAAAAGGAAGAAUGGAAUAAAGUUAUACUAUUCAAUCGCCGUGCUAUUGAUAAUAUACCUGACGUUAAUUUGGAGGAGGAGAAGACCUCAGGAAGACUUGUUGAACACGUUGUUGGGGACAUGUUUACUGUUCCUGAGGAUGAGAUAAAGUCAAAGUGUGAAGGAGCUGAUGUUUUCUUUUGCUGUCUUGGAACAACAAGAAGAGCUGCUGGAUCUGCAGAAGCAUUUGUGAGAAUUGAUCGUGAUCUUGUU